AUGGUUAAAAACAUUUUUAUUGAAAAUAGAAAUGAAAAAAAAGAUUAUGAGAAUUUCAUAUAUAAUGAUAGAUGUUCUCUUGUUUUAAUAAUUAAUGAAAAAAAUAAAGAAGGAAAAAAGGAAUUUGGUAAAAAUAAGACAGCAAUAAAUGAUGUAAGUGUGAUGAAUAGAAAUAAUAAGUUGAAUAAAAACAACGAUGAAUUGAAAAAAAAAUUUGAAGAAGUAAAUAAAAAUAAUGAUGAAAUACAUAAAAUUAAUAUUGAAUCAAACCAAAAUAAUGAUGAAUUAAAUAAUAACUAUGCUAAUUUAAAUGAAAAUAGUGAUGAAUUGCAUCAAAAUAAUUAUAGAUUAAAUAAAAAUAAGGCUGAUAUAGACAAAAGAGAUGAAAUAUUAUUUAAAGGAGAUAUAAAAUUGCAUGUAGGUUUUGAUUAUUCUACUUUUGAAAUGGAUACGCGAUAUAAAGUUAUUAAGUUCAUUAAUAAAGGUAGUCAUUUUUUAUAUUGGAAUAAUGAUGUGUUAUAUAGUGAUAAUAGUAAAGUAACAAAAGAAUUUAAAAUGAAUGAAAUGAAAAAAAAUAAUUGUGAAGAAAUAAGAAAUAGCAGAUUUAUUUAUUUUGAUGAUGAAAAAAAACUAUUAGUAUUGAAAUAUGAUAUUAAGAAUAACAAUUUUACGUACAUAAGAGAGGAUGAUAAUAUUUAUAAAUAUUUUUACAAUUUACAUAAAAGGGAUUUUUUGGUUGAUAAUAUUAUAAGGGAAGAAAAAAACUCCAUUUUAAUUUAUCCUUAUACAUAUACAAAAAUAUGGAAAAGUUUAACAAAUUAUAUAAAUGAUGAAAUAAUAAAUAAAAUUGAGCCAGUAAAUAAAACAUUUUGUUCUUCCUUUUUAAAAGAUGAUGAAGACAAAAAUAAUAAAGAAAAAGAAGAAGAAAUAAAUUUAUAUUGUCAACCGUAUAUGUUUUAUUCUGUAAUACCUAAAUAUCCAUCACAUACAACGUAUCAUAAGAAAAAACAGAAUAAAGAAAACUAUAAUAAUAAAGAAGAGAAAAAAGAAGACAAUAUAGAAGAGGAUAAUAUAAAGAAAGAAGAAGAUAAUUUAAAGUGUGUAGACAUAAAUAAAAGCUUUUUUGAAUAUGUAUCUAUUGAGAAUGAAAAUAUGAAGUAUAUUCCUUCUGAUUUAACUAGGUUAAAUUUGGAAAAAAUUUGGAUAUUGAAAGAAAUAGUUGAACAAGAAUAUACAUAUAUAUGUUAUAAUAAUGAAAAAGUAGAAGGUUUCACUAAAUUUGAAAAUAAAUUUUUUUAUAUAUUAGGAGAAUUUCAAUUCUCCUUCGUUUUAUUCCAUAUAGGAUUUAAUUAUCAAUCAUUUUUGCAAUGGAAAAAACUCUUUGAACUAUUUUGUAAUUCUCAACAAUUAAUAAUAGAAUUUAAAGAUUUUUAUGAAGAGGUUUUAAAAGUUAUUUCUGUACAUUUAAGUUAUUUAAGUGAUGAUUUCUUCGAUAAUACAGAAAACAGCUUUAUUUUAUUUGGAAUAUACAAUUUGUAUGAAAUAAUUAAUAAUUUAGAAAAUGUUGAAGAAAACAUAUCAGAAUUAUUAAAUACUAUUGACACAACUAUUUAUAAUAAAAUAGGAUUACAUCUACCUGAUUUAUCUUUUGUAUACGAAGAAUUUCAACCAACGUAUGUAGAAGAAGAUUGA